UAAUGCCCUGUAGCUCUCCGGGCAGAGAAACAAAAGCAGAUUUCUCCCCCACCUCUUCAGCAGAGAGCAUAAAGGCAAUGCUUUUGUGCUUCCCUAAGCAUUGCCAGAGACAGGCUGAGAGUGCUUAGUGGAGGGGACUCAUCUCUGCACAGAGCCCCAGCGUGGAUGGGGGAUCUUCACAAGGGAGGCUGUGUUCAUUAGGUCCCAUCUGGAGGACUCAACCUUUGGGCCAGGAUGCAUCGAAUGAUGAAAGAAGAAUCGAGCUACAGGACGAGUAGCCUGGAAAAUGCAACCCGUGACACAAGCAAAGAGCAGCUGCACGCGAAGCUCUGCAAUGGGUCCUGCCAUGCUGAACAAAUCCUCCAGACACUGAACGCCUACCGGCGUGGUGGCAUCUUCACAGAUGUGGUGUUGUUAAUUGAUGGACAGGAAUUCCCCUGCCACCGUGCUGCUCUGUCAGCCAACAGCACUUACUUCCAGGCCAUGUUUGGUGGCAAUCUCAAGGAAGGCCACCAGAACAUCAUCAACAUCCAGAAGAUUUCUGCUUCCACCAUGUCUCUCCUUCUUGACUAUAUGUAUGGGGGGAACAUUGUCAUUCAGGAGGACAAUGUUGAAGGCAUCUUGGAACUGUCUGACUUGCUGCAGAUCUCCAAGCUUAGGGAUGCUUGCAUCAGCUUCCUUGAAGGCCAGCUUCACCCCUGCAAUUGUUUGGGCAUCAUGAAGUUUGCCGAUUCGUUCUCCAUCACUUCCCUGACAGAAAAAAGCAAGAGGUUCAUGCUGGAGUGUUUCGUGGAGGUGUCGUGCCAUGAAGAGUUCCUAGAGAUGGGUGUGAAGGAGCUGGUUGAGUAUUUGUCCGAUGAGCAGCUGGUGGUCCCCAAGGAGGAGGUGGUCUUUGAAGCAGUCAUGCGCUGGGUACGGCACAACGUACCUGCCCGUAAGGGAGCCUUGAAGGAUCUCCUUGAGCACGUGCGUCUGCCACUGCUCAACCCCACCUACUUCCUGGAGAAGGUGGAAAUGGAUGAGCUCAUCCAGGACUCAAAGGAGUGCAUCCCUCUGCUGCACGAAGCCCGCAAGUACUACAUCCUAGGGAACGAGGUCAGCUCUUUGAGAUCGAGGCCCAGAAGGUUCAUGGAGCUGGCAGAAGUCAUCAUCAUCAUUGGGGGCUGUGAUAAGAAGGGCCUUCUGAAGCUGCCCUUCACUGAUCUCUAUCACCCAAAGAGCAGGCAGUGGACGGCCCUCUCCAGUGUGCCUGGCUACACCAAGUCAGAGUUUGCUGCUUGCACGCUGAAGAAUGAUGUCUACAUAUCAGGGGGACACAUCAGCAGCAAUGAUGUUUGGGUGCUGAGCUCCCAGCUGAAUGUCUGGAUCAAGGUUGCUUGUCUGCAGAAAGGCCGAUGGAGGCACAAAAUGGCAACGCUUCAGGGCAAGAUCUACGCGGUGGGAGGCUUUGAUGGUUUCUACCGCCUCUCCAGCGUGGAGUGCUACGACACCUUCUCCAACAGCUGGUCCACCUUGGCUCCUCUGCCUCAAGCUGUGAGCUCGGCAGCUGUGGUCUCCUGCCUGAACAAGCUGUAUGUGCUGGGUGGUGCUGUGGAUGACACUGCUAACACUGACAAGGUCCAGUGCUAUGAUCCAGAAGACAACAAGUGGACACUCUUGUCUCCAACUCCUUUCUACCAGAGGUGCAUCAGUGCCGUCUGCUUGGACAACAUCAUUUAUGUUGUGGGUGGGCUCCUCAGUAAGAUCUUCAGCUAUGAUCCAAGGAAAGACAGCUGGAGAGAAGUGGCUGCCCUCCCUGGGCCUCUGGAGAGCUGUGGUCUGACGGUGUGCGGAGGGAAGAUUUACAUCCUGGGUGGCCGAGAUGAGAAUGGGGAAGGCACAGACAAAGCGUUCACGUUUGACCCUAUAACGGGCAGUGUGGAGCAGCAGCCCCCGCUGCAGCGCUGCACCAGCUACCACGGCUGUGUCACCAUCCUGCAGCACAUGAACAGAUGACCGUGGGGCUUUGACAGCAUCUUUCUCCUAUCCAAAUCCUCCCCUUGAGUCAGUGGACACGUGUGUGGACGGAAAGCAGUCUCUCUGCAGGGAAGGGCAACAUAAGCCACUGAAGAUGUGUUCCCACCAGGUCCUGAGCACCACAAAUGUGUUUUGGUUUGUUUUUUUCUGGGUCUGGUGAUGCCAAUGGUUUUGAUGCUGACCUUGGUGAGGGGAUGAGAGUGCUGGGCUGUGUGAAAGCUGCAUUACAGACCUUGCCACCCCCAGAUUCAAGCAGGGUUUGCAGCCUAUGGAACUGCUGAGUUCGACUUCUUUUAGGUUUCCCUGAAUUAUAGAAUGGUUUGAGUUGAAAGGAACCCCUGAAGGCCAUGUGGUCCCAUUCCCUGCAACAAAGAGGGACACCCACAGGCUCAGAGCCCUGUCCUUAUUGUUAAAAUAAACUUAUUCCUUAUACAAAUGUAGAUCGUGGUUUUCUGUACUAUUGGUGCAAGGGCAUGUAUUUGUUUCUCUCUGACACCCAGAGCUGUUACACAGACACUUACAGGAUCCCAUAUCCUCAGAUAUUAUGCAUUUAGCUCCCUAGAGCCCCAUGUCAAACCAUGCUUGCCCAGAUAGUCACUGAUGUCCAUGAGCAGUUAAUUCUACUGCUGUGGGCAUCUGAGUUUGAGACCUCAUAGCAGGAAAACUUCUCUGCUAAAUCCCCAGAAGCCCAGUUAAAUGGGCCAUGCUCUGAGCACAUUCUGCAUAUGCUGCACGAGGGUCUAUCUCCUGAAAGCACAGAGUGCUGUCUCUUUUUAUGUGUUUCAAGGCUGGGCUGCUGUCUUGCUGACUUUGUCAUUGAGGAAAAAGUGACUCAUGUGGCCAAGAGAUUCUUCUUCAGAGAGCAGAGUUGGGUGAGUGAAGAUGGUUUAGUGGUGGGCUUGUAGGGGUGGAUGGGUGGUUGGACUCUGGGGGUCUUGAAGGUCUUUCCAACCUAAAUGUUGUACGAUUCCUCUGAGGAGAGAAAACAAAGUCCAAGCUGGCAGAGGGCAAUUUAAUUUGCAAUCAAAUUGCAUGCACAGUUAUGUUUAUAAUGCAAAUGGUUACUUCAGAAGAAACUUUCACCUUCCACUGAUAUAAUUAAAUUAGCAUGGAAGAGAGUGUAAACUGUCAACUCAAGCUUCAGAAGACUUCAGGAGCAGAGAGGCCUUUAUUCUCCUAUUCACCUAUUACCAAUAGCUCCCACUAAACCAUGUCCCUCCACACAACAUCCAGUCAUUCCUUGAACACCCCCAGGGUUGGUGACUCCACCACCUCUCUUCCUGCAAGAUCUCUUUCUACAGCCUUCCCUGAUCUCCCUCGUCCUUCUGUGGAUCUCUUGUUGUAGGAAUGAGCUCUCUCAAAAGAGCAGACAUUCUGGUUAGUUUUCCUAUGUGCUUUUGACACCUGUGUUGCAUUGCAGCAGCUGUAACACAUGGUGGGAGUUGUAGUGUAGGUAUGAAACCAUUUGCCUUGUUCUUGGUUGUGAUAUUGUACCCCUGAAAUGUGUUUGUAUUCUGUAAGGGCUCUGAGCUGUGGGCGUGCAGGGGAGGGAGAAGGAAGAAAUUCAACUUGU